AUGACGCUAUUCCAAGCCCUCUGCCGUCCGCACUUGUACAAGUCGGUCGUGACGGCCGAUCUCAGUCGCUUUUUACCCCCGGUCUUCACUAAAUCCCGCUGGGAGUCCCUCGCCCUGACCGAGCACAUCUACAUUGAAUACGAGGAAGAGGACUUUUCAAUCCCCUAUGACGUCCUCAUGGAGAAGGGACAAUGGGGUAUUGUCGGCCUCACGGCGGACCGGAACGAGGCCUUUUCCAUGAUGAGAUGGACGGAUGAGGUUCGACGUCUCUCGGAGACGCUCGUGCGCCAUCUGAAAUUCGAGGCGGCCUUGGAAGUCUUCCCUCGGCUCAAGACGGUUGCCGUCUGCUCAAUAUACGGUCCACAAGCGGACAAAUGGCGGCGGUACAGCAAGCAGCGGGAUGACCUCGAUCGCUGUCGAGCCGGUUGGGACCGCUUCCUGUCGGUCUACAAGGUGCAGCAGUGCUGUUACUGGGGCAACGGCGGGCCUCUCGGGAUGCCCACCCUGACCGCGGAACCACCUCGUACCGACGCCCACCACCCACUUGCCAUACAGCACAUCAGCAGCCCGGUCGAUCGGGACGAGCUGAGGACACCCCCGGGGGCGCCGGUCCGCUGGGUCGCAGCCAUGGGCGCGGCUCAGAGCUGGCAAGAGGCGUACUACGACCUCGGGGCGGAGUUACACCGCAAGGCGAUGCAGCGAAGCAGGAUGGAGGAGUUCCUCGGUAACGCCGCCUAUCUCAUCCAGGCCGACGUCUAUUGCUCGAGCAGCGUCCUCGGUCAGACCAACGGCGACCUCGUCCGUCCCCUCCUGGAGGUUGCGGGCGAGAAGGGUAUCAGCUUGUAUCCCGACGCCAGCGUACCGGUCGACGCUCAGCGCGCUCUGGCGGCCAAGCUCGGUCCAGAAAUGCACGACUGGAUGCGGGAUGACGGGUGCGACGAGUUUCCGGACGAGGUCCGGUGGCAUGCCUCGUGCGAUACGCCGGUGUGUGAGGCGUGCGGAUGGCAUCCGGUGUCGACGGGGGAUGAGCCAUGGUAUGGGUCAGCAGGAGAGAGAGUGCCGUGGUUGAUGGAGACGGAGGAGGGGAAGAAGCGGGCGGCGGUAGAAGUUGCGAAAUGGCAGCGAGAGGAGCCGUGA